AUGUUGAUCGCUGGUGAGAAGAUGGCGGCAUUUUAUACCAGUCUUCGGCCGAGGUCAGCGGACACCAACGGUUAUCAUGAACAAGGCUUCCUUAAAGAGGUCAAUGGUAUCCAUAAGCGCUUGAUCUACAAUAAAUUUCUCUAUGUUUUCCUUCGCGUACUCUACAAUCUAUUUCUCCAUCCGCUGCGUUCUUUUCCCGGUCCAUUGUCUUCCCGUGCUACCAUAUUAGCAUCUCAGAGGCAGAUCGUGAAAGGGAGUUUUCCAUUCUGGUUGAAUGAUCUGCAUCUCAAGUACGGACCUAUUGUCCGUUACGCACCCGACGAAUUGUCCACCAUCGAUUCGAGAGUGUGGAAAGAUGUAUACGGGCACCGGACCACCAACCAAUUCACAAAGCAAAAGGAUUUCUACGGCCCAGACCAGUAUGGAAAUCCGGCUGGGUUAAUCCGCGCAGACAACGCCGGUCAUGCACGCCAGCGAAAGCUGGUCUCGCAUGCAUUCAGCGACAAAGCCCUGAAAGAGCAGGAGCUGAUCCUGAAGGGAUACGUAAAGCUGCUCGUGGAGCAGCUAACUAAGGCUUCUAAGCAACAUGGCGAAGUGGACAUGGUUCGGUUCUACAACUACACCACAUUUGACAUUAUGGCCGAUCUGACCUUCGGUGAGCCGCUUGGCCUACUGCAAGAAUCGAAGUACAUCCCUUGGGUUUCGGCAUUAUUUGGAAGUAUUCAGCUACUGACUGUUGCCGGCGUAAUCAAGCGAUGGCCCUUACUGGAUGGCUUGCUGCACCGCUACCUACCAAAACAUCUUAAGGAAGGAAGAAGGCAGCAUAUGCUAUUCUCAAGCGAAAGAGUAGACAAGCGAAUGCAGAGAGUGACAGAUCGUCCGGACAUUUGGACUUAUGUUAUGAGGGAGGGUAAGGAUGAAGAUGGCGGGAUGAGUGGCCUGCUUCCCUCACAGUUGCAUAGCAAUGCGUCGACGUUCAUGUUGGCAGGCACUGAGACUACAGCGACCGAACUGAGCGGCAUUACGUACUAUCUUCACCAACAACCCGCGAAGCUGGCACGUCUAAAGAAGGAGAUCCGCGAUGCUUUCACUUCUGUUGAAGACAUGACAAUGACAAAGCUGUCACAACUGGAGUAUCUCAAUGCGUGCAUAGAAGAAGGCUUGAGAAUAUACCCUCCUGUUCCUGGAUUGAUACCCCGCGAGACACCCGAUGCGGGUGCGAAUGUUGCGGAUCGAUGGGUCCCCGGUGGGACCAUCGUUUCCAUCGCGCAUUACCCAGCGUAUCAUUCGCCGUCCAAUUUUAAAGAUCCGGACUCUUUCGUCCCUGAGCGCUGGCUACCUGAGGGGCAACAGGAGUAUGGAUCAGACAAUAAGGAGGUCGUCAAUGCAUUCUCCUAUGGGCCAAGAAACUGUUUGGGCAAGAACCUCGCGUACCACGAGAUGCGACUUGUUCUGGCGACUGUGAUGCUUAGCUUUGAUAUGGAGUUGUCUAAGGAGGCGGAGGAUUGGAUCCAUCACGAAUGCCAUAUCUUAUGGGCGAAGCCACCAAUGAAGGCCAAACUGACGCCUGUCGGAAAUUAG